AUGCCUGUACCAACAGGAAAUCGAGCAUCACAACCGCACUUAACAGAAACCUCACUUCCUUUCCCUCCGCUCACGGAACAACAUAUUCUUAAUUGUACGUUUUCUUCCUGGUACAAUAACUUUCGGCGUGUCAGUAUAAAGUCAAAAAUAAUUAAACCGUUGCCAGAAGAAUUUGUCGAAUACUUACAUGCUGAUGGAGUUUUUCUCCCUGAACAAAAUUAUCUUGAAGGAAGUCACCUGAGAGAAAUUAGUGAUAAUGAUGAUGAUGAUUUCAAUGCUAAUGAAACGGAUAUCGAUGAAGAUGAUGAAAAUCAACCACUUCCAAGUUUUCCAGAUUUGGAACAGCAGAUUUGGGAUAUAAUUGAUGAAUUUGAUGGGUCAGUUUUUCCAAAACUCAAUUGGAGCUCUCCCAGGGAUGCCACAUGGAUUUCAGCUACUAACACACUCAAAUGUAAUUCACCUUCUGACAUAUUUCUUCUCCUUAAAUCAUCCGAUUUUAUUGCUCAUGAUCUUGAUCAUGCAUUUGAUGAUUGUUAUUAUGAUAAUCAAAGUGAUAGUAGGAGACAUCGACCAAAUGAAUUUGAGUUGGUGUUGAGAAAAUGGUAUGAUGUGGCUCCUUCCAUGGAAUUUCGAUGUUUUGUAAAAGAGGAAGAAUUAGUUGACACACAAACUCACUUUCAAUUACUAAUAUAUUUUCAUAAUUGUCCCUUAAAAAUUCAAGCCAUAUCACAGCGGGAUGUCAAUUAUUACUCUUUUUUGAAUGACAUAAAAGAAGAAUUGGAAACGAAGAUUAUUCAAUUUUUUGAAACUCACGUACAAAAUAAAUUUUUUAAUCGAGAUUAUGUUUUUGAUGUAUAUGUGACACGGAAUAGAGAGAGAGUUUGGUUGAUUGAUUUCAAUCCUUUUGGACCUAUGACGGAUGGUCUUAUGUAUACUUGGGAAGAAAUUCUGACAGCAACUGGGCCACCAUCAUUUCGACUUAUCACUUCUCAAACUGAGGCCAGUCAAUCACGUAGUCGACCAUUUGCUGUAAAUCGCUACCCGCGAGAAAUUUUCGAUUUAUCGCAAGGACAAACUAUUGCAGAAUUUGCUGAACAAUUUCAACGUGAAUUGGCAAUUGCUGUAUCUAGCAGUGAUGAAGAAGAAAAUGAUAAUGAAGAUAAUGUUUAG